AUGUCGACCCCGGGCGCCGCCUACUACGCGUCCCUCGCGCGCGAGCAGUUCUUCUGCUACCAAUGCAACCGCACCGUCCUCCUCGCCGUCUCCGCCGCCGCCGCCGGCGAGCUCUCCUGCCCCGAGUGCGGCGGCGACUUCCUGGAGAAGGUCAACAUCCCCGCCCCCACCAUCCCCACCUUCACCUUCGACUUCUCCCCUGCCUCCUUCUCCCCUGCGAUGCGCUCCGCCAUGGCCUCUAUGAUGCCCACCGCCUCCUCCUCCACUAUGAUGCCCACCGCCUCCUCCCCUCCUAUGGUGCCCACCGCCGCCUCCUCCCCUAUGACUAUGAUGCCCACCGCCUCAACCCCACCCCAAUCCUCCUCCUCGUCCUCCACCGCCGCGACCCACUCCAUCGACCUCUCCACCUUCCUCACCACCAUCAUGGGCCCUCAGGGUCACCGGAGCGGGAGCGGUGCCGUCUCCGCCGCCGGCGCGGCCACACCUGAGAACGAGCCUGAGGCCUAUGACCCGCACGCCUUCUUCCAGGACUACCUCCGCGGCCGCAGGGGGCGCGGCGUCAACAUCUUCGACCUGCUCGAGGACGCCAUGGACCACCUCGCCGCCGGCGUAGACGACGGCGGUCUUGGUAUCGGCGUCGGUGGUGGAAGCUUCGGGGACUACUUCGUCGGCCCUGGCCUGGAGCAGCUCAUCGAGCAGCUCGCUGAGAACGAUCCCAACCGCUACGGCACGCCGCCCGCUGCCAAGUCGGCCCUGUCCACGCUUCCUGACAUUGUCGUGACGGAUGCCAUGGUCGCGGCGGCAGAGGGCGCCGACUGCGCUGUGUGCAAGGAAGAUUUCUCGCCUGGGGAGGGGGCCAAGCAGAUGCCCUGCAACCACAUCUACCAUGCCGACUGCAUCGUACCCUGGUUGGAGCUCCACAAUUCAUGCCCCGUUUGCCGCUUCGAGCUGCCCACCGAUGAUCCUGAUUACGAGAGCAACAAGGCCUCAAAGAUGCAGGCAUCUGUUGGCAUUGCGGCCACACCUGCAUCCGGGAGCUCUGCUGCUGCUGCUGAGGAAGGAGGGGAGGCGACUGCAAGGGUGCUGGAGAGGAGUUUCAAUGGGAACAAUGGAGGUGCUGGCAGUAGCUCACAGGACAAUGGCUCGCAGGAUGGAGUUGGCAGCAACAAGAAUUGAACUCGAUUAGGUCAUCAGUUGGGAGGUCAGGUUUUGUGUACAUCUCCACAGGACAUGAACAUAUUUAUCCAUCCGUUGUAUGGGCAUGUUCAGUCACGUGAGCAACAUAGUUUCUAAUGUAUUUAGCAGAAAUAUUUUGAAUGAAAUACAGAAUCA